AUGAGACAACAAAGAUCGGUUGAGCUGCUAAAAGACUACAAAUGCGAAAUUCGUUAUCAUCUGUGCAAGGACAACGUAGUAGCAAAAUCCCUAAGCCGGAAAGAAUACUUGGGCCACCGUGUAAAAUCAUUAACCAUGACCAUCCAUUCACACCUAUCCACACUGAACAAGGAGGCACAUCUAGAAGCCCUGAAACCCGAGAAUGUCUCAGGUGAGGCAUUGUGGGGAAUGGAUAAAAACUUAGCAGUUAAGGGUGAUAAAGCUCGUUACUUCAUGGAUCGAAUCUGGACACCGAGAUUCAGCGGGUACAGAGACGUUGUCAUGAACGAGGCUCACAAGACAAAAUACUUCGUUCAUCCUGGUUCUGAAAAGAUGUAUCUGCACCUAAAGAAUCUUUUUUGGUGGCCAAACGUGAAGUCAUAG